UUUAGAUUUCCAACAUAUUUCCCCACACAAGCACUGACACGUCCCUCCCAAUCAUUCAUCAUCUGACACUACAACCCCAUAGUUAUUAUCCCGGCAUCAAAGCAAACACUGCAGAGGUAUAAAAAGUGCCCUGCGUGAAUCCUGCUUGCUCUGGAGGCUGCGAGACCUGCAGAGGAUGAAGCCUUCUCUUCUCGUCGUGCUCGCCGUAGCUCUGUGCGCGGAGAGGGCUUUCUCCCUGACGUGUUUCACGUGCAAAGAUGCAUCGUCCAACCUACAUUGCCUGAGUACAACCACGUGCUCUGACCAUGAGAAGUACUGCCUCACCACAUAUUCCACCACAGGACUCGGCAAUGACCGCAAACAGCACAUCACCAAGAAAUGCUCUGCAUUUUGCCCAUCUAUUGACGUGAAUAUUGGCAUUGCCGGCGUUGCCACCAGCUGCUGCGAGACUUCCCUGUGCAACAUCAGCGGGGCCAGCAGCGUGAAAACCAGUUACACCAUGAUAGCUGUGGGCGUCUUGGCCAGCCUCGCCUGCAUCCUCCGGCUGGGUUUUUAAACGGGCUGGGGGGAAAAGAGCGGCCUGGCCUUGCAUUGCCAGGGCUCCAGAUCUUGUCUGUACAGAAGUUUCUUUUGGGGUCAAUGCUGCCCUGCCCUGUUUCUCCUACCCGGCGUGUCACAUCCCAUUGGCAAAUAUUUUUGCUCUUUCCGUGCUCUGAUGAGCAAGCACAAGAGUAUGGCCCUACCUCAAAAUGUUUUUUUGGAAGAGAAAGAGAUGGGAAUACCAUUUAGGCACCAUCUCUCCUACUACAAAACUUCAUAACUCCAUACAUGUUUCCCCCUUCAUUUUGGCCUUCCCAUCCUCCUGUCCCAUUUUUCCCUUUAUACCAUUUUCUGCCCUGCAUCAUUUUGCUGAGGAAGCCUUUGAUAUUAUAGUUGUUAAGCAGAAGCUGGGCACAAUAAAGUGUUAUUUUAGACUAU